AUGGCGCCAUCAAGCCUUACGCUUCAGCCCGUGCGUUCGUCCACGGCGCGCAACCCCCUCCGCGCAGCCGCCGCCGCCGCAGCAGCAACGUCAGCAUCAGCUUCUGCCGCUGGCGCCGCCGCUCCCCGUCGCACCAGCAGCGCCACCGACCCUCUGCGAGCGUCUGUCGCCGACAGGUUCCUUUCGCACGACCUGCACCUGCGGUCGCACAGCGCGUCGUCCGACACUCCUUCCGCCGUCGCGCGGUUCCGCUCAGCCGUUUCCUCCCCCGCGGCUGGCGAGCAGCGCGUUGGUGACUUCCCCCGUUAUGCGCACGUCCGCUAUGAUAGCACGGCGCUGCCACGAGCCGCUAGCGAUCCGUCGAUUUCCGCGAUCCACGCGCGUGCACCCGCUGCUGUUGCUGGUUCUACUACCGCCCUCCCUGCUGACGGCGCGGUCAGCGCGAGCUACGGGCUUUCAGAACCGCACUGGGAGUGGGAAGAAGCGACUCCUUCAGGCGACGCAGGCGACGAGCAAGAGUCGCACGGUGACGGCGGUGGCGACGAGGACGACCUGCCUGGGGUCUCUGGCCGCGUGUUCUGCGACGUGCUGGCGGGCGGAGGGGCUUCGCCGUCCGGCGAGCGACGGGAGACGGCGGACGACGUGACAGAGUGGCAGCAGCUGACCCACGCCGUGAUGCUGUGCCUGUCCGGCGCAACAGCAGCAGAGAGCCGGCUCGAGGAGAGCGUGAACGACGUCCUGGGAGCCAUCGCACUCGCGCAGUCGGGUAGCGACGCUGAUGCGCAGUCGCAAGCUGUCGCACAGUCGCAGAGGGGGGAGACCGGAGGGGUAGAGGGGGAGGGGGAACGUGCGAGCAGCAGCGACAUGGCGGCGUGUCCUGGGUGCGAUAAAGCGGCAGAGAGGGUGGCUCUGGCGGCGUUUCUUGCCGCCAUGGGGCAUGUCGUCAUCCUCUGCAAAUCCAUGUGGAUGGCCAAUCAGGACAUGCCACCUGGCCACCACCAUUUUCUGGAAGUUUCGCUUGGGAGGUCUGGUGACGGCGACAGCGGCUUUGGGAACAGUGAUGCUAGCGACGCCAGUAGCGCUGGUAACAGCUUGCCUUCUUUCGCCUCCCCCGGGCCGCUCACGUCCGCGGUGGUCGACGUGUCGUUCCAGCAGCAGUUCCACGUGGCGCGGCCGUCGCGGCGCUACCAGCAGCUGCUGGCGCUGCUGCCGCGCGUGUUUGUGGGGUCGUACGCGCGCCUGCGCGCGCUCGUGCGCCUCAUGGCGGCAGCCGCGCAGCAGUCGCUGCUCACCGUCGCGCUGCCCAUCGCGCCCUGGCGGAAGGCGCGCUACAUGGCCAAGCUCUGGCUGCUGGCUCCUGGCGCUGCUGCAGUGGGCGGUGCAGCCAUCACCACCGCACUGCACCGCAUUCAACACAUGAUGGACCAGCUGAGCAGCACAGCCUCUGCUUCUGUCGCACCUCCCACAACCACAUCCCGCUCAGUGCACAUCCCAUCUGCCACAGCUGCUUCUAUCACCCCGGCCCUCUCGCCCUUCUCCCCAUCUGCCUCUUGGGUGUGGAGCCCUCCUGCCGUGUCGCCUAAGCAGCGCCCCGCCACUCGAGAGGGGUCGCUCACUCGCCUCUUCCGCUCCCAGGAGAAGCAGAGGAGGGAGGAGAAGGAAGCGCCCAUGGCAUUCCACAUGGCCGCUGCUACAUGA